AUGAGGUUCGGAAACGGUCUCCUGCUGGGAAGCAUCUCAGCCCUCGCCAUCGCCGGCCUCUUACCAGCCAGACACGCAGCAGAUACACUCCCUCCAUGCUCUACCGUCACUGUUUACGGCACUGUCUACGCUACAGUUUUCAUCCAUGAUACUGUCACUGUAACCCAGACCACAACCCAGACCGUUACGGGCACGCCUGGAACUGUUACAAUCGUUGGGCAAGAUCCGGCUUCAGUUGCCCGUUCGAUGGCCUCGGUGGAUACUCAGCAAGUUAUCGAACAGAGCCAACUCCUCCCUAUCUCUGACAAGCCCGAUCCCAACCCUACCAAAUUCACUCAUUCGGUCACGGUCUCAGGUUUCGAGGCCACGGAGAUCUCAAACAAUGGCAAUGGCGGCACCGUUUUCUACAUGUCCAAGGGUACAUCUUCGACCGAUUGGAGCUUCACACCCUCGAAGUCGAUCGUUGCUGAAGUUACCACUGUCACCGUUCUCCCGGUUCCUCAAUCUGCGUCAAAUCACGGCAAGGGCGUUAAUGAUUCGAACACAACUGUCCAUGCACAAUUCACUAGCCCUACUGGUGGCUGGAAUGGCACUUACUCAAACACCUCCUCAUGGUCGGCAGCUACAGCCUCUGCAGGAACAGCUUCACGUUAUGCUGCUGCUUCCACAAUCACUGUGACCAAUAUCGUUGCUACCGUCACUCAGACUGCUGCCAGCAGCGUAUCUACUGCCCCGACAUACGCAUACGUGCCACCACAAUACAGUUAUGCACCACCAAAGGCAUCCAACGAUGAUGGCAUCGAGAAGAGACAGACUUGCGUCUGGAUAAGUGCUACUAUCGGUGGUCAAGAGGUGGGGUGGUGUAACAAUUGGGAUGGCAGCACGACGCUGACAUACACCUCUUGGGAGACAACGGUCUUUCCUACCCGGGUCCCUGGUACUGGUCCUGUUGGGACCCCAAGCACAACACCGAGGUCCUCUGCUCCAUCCAUGACCGCCACUGAACAGUCCACCACGCAGUCAGCUUCUUCAGUGGCGCCGUCUGCAACCAUUUGUGGACAAACUGGACCAUUCGAGAUUUCUUUCGAUGACCUCCCCGUUUUUUCCGUGGCCAACAACGAUACUGCGGAUUUCCCACCUGUCUUCAACCCGUAUGAACAUUUCUACUGGGGCUACGGCUGGAGUUACGUGCCUCCACCCAAUGAACCAUUUCCCCCACAAGAUGGCUUGCGACUUGCUCAAUUCAUUCCAUCGCUGGCCAACAACGACACAGGUUCUCCCAACGCUGGCCAGAUUCCUCCCAGCUCGUUUGGUGCGGGACCCCGCGCCAGCGACUCGGUGUACUGGUUCAGUGCCUCGUCAGCCUGGGUCGCCUGUGACAAUGGAGCAACUGACUGGAGUCAAACAUGCGACUUCGUUGCUACAGCAUAUCAGUGGAACAACGCUACUCAGACUGAAGUUGUGGUUGCUACUCAGCACUUCAGCAUUCCGCCCUGUCCCAACUUCCAAGGUUGUCACCUUACAGAGAUCAACUUCAACUAUCUCUUCUACAAGAUGACGACCCUGAGCUUCUACGCUAAUGUCCAGGGGAAAAUCAGCAUAUUCUGGCUUGACAGCCUGGCGCUCAACUGGUAUGACAAUACGUGCCAGGCGGGCCUUAAGCGCAUUUCAUCCCGGAAGAUCUGA